UUACAGUCAGUCUGCAGAGACGGAGAGUAAUGUAAGAACUCUGACACGGAGGAUAGGAGAUAAACACAGUCACAGGAGGCUGCAAAGACAGGUUAUCAUUUAUUAUCUCUAAAAAGAAGAAGGUAAAGGAAUGCAUCUUGAGGCUUGGGCUACAUCUCGGAGGAAAGGAGGAAAGCUGUGUGAACCUGGAUACCUGUUUAGGUGGGCAGUAUGAACUAUGUGGGUCAGUUGCUGGGGACAUUCCGGGAGCUGUAUAAAGGUUUAAAUCAGGCUACUCUUUCUGGCUGUAUUGAUGUGGUGGUGGUGAAGCAGCCUGAUGGAUCUUUCCAGUGCUCACCAUUCCAUGUCCGCUUCGGCAAGCUGGGAGUUCUGCGCUCCAGAGAGAAGGUGAUUGACAUUGAGGUUAAUGGGUCACCAGUUGAUCUGCAUAUGAAGCUGGGUGAUAAUGGGGAGGCUUUCUUCGUCCAGGAGACCCAGCAGGCUGAUGAAUUGGUCCCUGCCCAUCUGGUUACUUCACCGAUCCCAACUGAGGAACCAGUGUUCUGGGGCCACGACCCUCACAUGUGUGAAUCAUGCAAUGAGAACGGAGAAACAGAGGAUGGGGGGAGUACCAUGAUGAAAAAAAAGAAAAGAAGAAAGAGAAAACACAAAACACCUGAGCAGAAGAGAGAAGAGAUGCCAUUAAUCUGUGCACAGAAGGAUUCAGUUGAACACAGGCAGCAUUUUCCUUCUCGCUACACAGAUAACUACCCACUGUCUGAUGGAGACUGGGCUCCAGACACUAGGAGGGUGUCAGAGCCCAGCUCUCCUAAGAGUGACUCAGAACUGGCAGUAAGGUCCCCCGAAAACGUCAUCCAGCAUCACAACCAUAUGCAGUGGACAUGGGGAAAACUUCCAGAAGCCACCAAGUUAAGUUUUAGAGAAUGGGUGGAGCCUUUGAAGACGGUCAGCAUUACACCCACAGACAGUACUCACUUUCGGGCCAUUGACAGCAUAAAAUCCGUGGCAGCAGAGAUAGAGCAGAGGAAAGAAGCUGUUCAGACGAUCAUCAAACCUCAGCCUCAACCUGCCACCUCCAAACAAGAACCUCAACUACAGCCACAACCCAUAAUAAGCCAAGCGGACGUUAAAAUACUCAAACUAACACAUGGAUCAGAAACUCAUUAUAUUGAACCUGACUCUGAACCUCAAACACAAGGGAGCAAGUCAGAAACUCAUGUGCACCACACAGAGGGUCAGACAUGCAGACUAGACCAACACACACCCCAAACUGAACAAUAUUCAUCAAAGUCAAACUCCUUAGGGUCAAACCCUGAUUUUACUGGUUUAAUGGACGGAGGCCAGCUACCUGUGUGUGCGCCUCAGACUGCUGCUGCUUGUCUACACAGGGACAAACCAGACACAACCUGCAAAAGUAAAGGAGUAAGGAAAAGGAGUCAGCAUCAGGGUCCAGAGGACAUCUACCUGGAUGACCUCACUGCUUUAGCACCACAUGUUGCAGCUCGCUACUUCCCCAGAAGUGAGUCAGUGGAACAGUGGGAGGAAGGGUGUGUUCGAUGUGGUUCUCCCCAGUCAGUGGGCAGCGCAGCCGCAGACAGCGGGACAGAUUGUCUGUCCGACUCCACGCCGGACCUGCCGACCGUAUCGCUGUCACUCUGCGGAGGCCUCGGAGACAAUGCUCAUGUUAACAAGGAGAAGUUUCUGGAACAUAUUGUCACCUAUAAGCAGUUUGUUGACCACCCUGGCAUCAUUGACAACCCAAACCUGGUUGUUAAAAUUGACAACAGAUAUUAUAACUGGACUCUGGCUGCUCCACUUAUUCUCAGUAUGCAGGCCUUUCAGAAAACACUACCCAAGGAAGCUGAGGAUACCUGGGUGAAACAGAAAAUGCCAAAGAAAACGAACCGCUGGUGGUUCUGGAGAAAGAACAGUGUACAACAGUCAGAGACCCAAAAACCGGCAAGCAAUACACUCACUGGAAACCUGCACCAUUAUCCUGACAGCCCUGAUCUGCAGCAGAUGACAGCAGCAGACUCAUCCACUGAUGAAGACUCCAAGGAGCUAAACACAGCUGUGUGUGUACAAUCAGCAGGCCACACACACACACACUCCUACAAGAAAUCACUACGGCUUUCAUCAGAUCAGAUCGCGAGUCUGGGCCUUAAGGAUGGGCCGAACGAUGUGGUGUUCAGUAUCACUACGCAGUACCAGGGCACAUGUCGCUGUGAGGGCACCAUCUAUCUGUGGCACUGGAAUGACAAGAUUGUCAUCUCUGACAUCGAUGGCACCAUCACUAAGUCUGACGUUUUAGGACAUUUCCUUCCACAGUUUGGAAAAGACUGGACCCAUCAGGGCAUUGCUAAGCUCUACCACACUAUACAUGAGAAUGGCUAUAAGUUCCUGUACUGCUCAGCCCGUGCGAUUGGGAUGGCAGGCAUUACUAGAGGAUAUUUACAAGGGGUUAAUGAUAGCGGCACCAUUUUACCACAAGGGCCUCUCAUGCUCUCACCAAGCAGCCUGUUUUCAGCCUUCCACAGGGAGCUGAUCGAGAAGAAGCCAGAGAAGUUUAAGAUCGAGUGUUUAACUGACAUCAGAAACUUGUUCCCUUCAAACUCUCAGCCUUUCUAUGCAGCCUUUGGCAACCGCAGCAAUGAUGUGUUUGCCUACAAGCACGUGCAAGUUCCUGCAUGCCAUAUAUUCACAGUAAACCCUAAAGGAGAGGUCAUUCAGGAGCUGACCAAAGGCAACAAGACAUCGUAUAGUCGCCUCAAUGAGCUGGUGGAUCACAUAUUCCCUUUGGUUGGCAAAGAGCAAAGUGCUGUCUUGAAUUACCCGGAAUUUAGUUCCUUCUGCUACUGGAGGCAGCCUGUCACUGUGAUUAGUCAGGAAGAUAUCCUCUUACUCUGAUUGAAAGAGACUGGAAGUGAUCUUAGCUGAAACACUGUCAUUGUAACGAUUCAAAACUGCUGCAUUGAAGAAAAAAAAUAUUAAUAAUAGUCAAAUUGAUCAAACAUUUGAGAUCACAGUAAAAUAAACAUAUGACUAUUUAGCAUGUUUGUAGACUUGUGUACUAAGUUUAGGCCUGAAAAUGUUCUCAGCUUGUUCUACUGCAGGAUAAUUUUGCUUAUUUCUAGUAUUAAAUGCUUAAAGUAAGCUGCCAGUAGAACAAAACCAUUUUUAAGCUCUGUAAAUAUGUCUAGUAAUAGUUUUUGUAAUCUUAUAUUUGUUUUAGACAAAUUCACCUAGACAAAGGUAUCUUUAUUUGAUAUCAUUUUGUGCAGCAUGUAUAGAAAGUCUUAGCUGAAAGCCUUAAUUCUGUAAAUGUGUAGCCUCACAGGUUCAGGGGCUCCAGUUUGAGCCUAAGCUGAGGUUUUGCAUGUUCUCCAUAUCAGUAUGGAUUUACUCCAAGAGCUCGGGUUUCCUCACACUGCCAGAAAACAUGCCAGUAGGUUGAUUUACCAUGCUAAACUGCCCUAGAGCUAAAGACUGUUCCACAACAGGUCCUGGAUCAACCAGAUACUGAAACUGAAUGUUUUUAAAGGCCACCACAGACACAAAAGUUGCAAAAGUUUGUGCAUGAACAUAUGAAAAGAUUUACUGGGUGAUAUUUUGUUGUUUUUGUAAUCUUCCUUAUUUCCAUCCUGUUCAAUUGACCUUUGUGUAUCGUUGCUGUUAAUAUGUUAAUAAGUUAUAAAUAGCAUUGCCUGUCCCACUGUAAAACUUUUGAGGUUUGAUAAUGUAAAUAUAUUUUAUUGCACUUUAGACUGAGUCUAAUUUAAAAAAAAAAAAAAAAGUAAAAAUAAAAAACUAAAGAGAGAUUGCACAAUGGUUUGUUCUUUAUAGUGUAGCAAUAAAGCUUGAAGAUUUAUUAGAGAAAAAUGUCAUUUAUCACAUUUUUAUAUUACAUAAAACAAUAUUUUAAACGGCU